AUGGAUUCGUCGGCUUCAACGAAUUCACGCAAACGUAUUUUGGAUUUGCCGAUUCCGAAGACGAUAGCGUUGGAUUUGGUGGGCGAAAUUCUCGCACCGAAGCAAACUCAAGUGGAGCGCUAUGUGCCGACAAAACCGACUGCGCAACAGAACCAGUCA